GGAAGAAGGAAUGAGAAACACAUUGGAUCAGUCGUUGAAGAGCUGGAGGAGCCGCAAGUGGUUCUCAAUAUCAAGUUGCGUGUUCAUUACCAUUUGUGUUUGAUUAAUUCCCCGUGACACAACUUGUGCCUCGUGAUGGAUCUGUGAGAAUCAGGAAAACUUGACAAAAUCGUGCUAGCACUUCCCCUGCACCCCUUAGGAGGACACCUCACCACUCAUCAAAAUGCACCUCCUUAGAAUAUUCUUGGUGCUGGCUCUUGUGGUAGUUUCGCAAAGUGCAGAUGAAGAGGCGCCUGUGCUGCACCCUCGGAAUUGGACGCACGUCUUGCCACCAGAUGCGGCUCCGACUGAAAAUGUUGUGCUCCUCGAGAGUGGUCGCUUGAACCGGACACUGACUCGUUGGCGCGGACGGCUCAACGGGACGGAGAUGUCCCGACGACUUCGGAAACUGGCGCGGCGCCUUAACGUGCCGCCGCUUGUGGACAAAGCGCUGCGCCUGAUGAAUUUGCAGCAAGUCGUGCAGGAAGUAGAAACUUCUGUGAUGUCCAAGGUCUCUUGCACCGCCUGCAAAGCUGGUGUUGGUUUUCUACAGCACUACAUUCGUACGGGCAAAACGAAGGAGGAUAUUGUGCACAUCACCAAGCACUUCUGCAUAAGCCUCAAAAUGUCCACACCUCGUGUCUGCGAUGGUCUCACAGAGCUUUUUGGGGGUGAAGUAACUUACGUGCUUCAACGACUGGCAUUGGGCCCUGAGGAGAUAUGCGGCUUUGUGAUCGGUGACGCGUGCGGCGACGUGUACAAUCCAUACCACGAGUGGAAGGUGAGCUUCCCUCCAGUGCCCAAACCACCCAUUGUGCCUCCUCUAGUGCCGCCCAAGGCAGGAACGCCGACUUUCAAAGUUCUGCACCUCAGCGACACGCAUUUUGACCCUUAUUACCAAGAGGGAGCCAACGCCGAGUGCAGCGAACCGCUUUGCUGCAGACUUACCAAUGGGCCUCCAGCCAACGCAGCAGCAGCCGCUGGUCGUUGGGGCGACUAUAGAAAAUGUGACACUCCUAAGCGCACGGUGGACAGCAUGCUGGAGCAUAUCAAAACGACCCACCCGGACAUUGACUAUAUUUUAUGGACGGGUGAUCUGCCUCCGCACGACGUGUGGAACCAGACGCGUGACGAGAACUUAAGCAUCAUCAAGCAAACCGUGGAGCAACUGAGCACCACCUUUCCCAAUGUGCCAAUUUUUCCUGCGCUCGGCAACCACGAGAGUGUUCCAGUAAACAGCUUUCCACCUCCGUUUGUGAAGAAAGACCUGUCGAUUGACUGGUUGUAUGACGAGAUGGACGAGCAGUGGCGGCGCUGGCUCCCAGCAUCCACCAGUCCCACAGUGCGAAAAGGAGCUUUUUACUCUGUCCUAGUUCGGCCCGGCUUCCGCGUCAUCUCUCUCAACAUGAACAAUUGCAACAACAAGAAUUGGUGGCUCUUACUGAACUCAACCGACCCUGGCCAUGAGCUCCAGUGGCUCAUUUACGAAUUGCAGGCUGCGGAGAUAAAUAAGGAGAAAGUUCACCUGAUUGGGCACAUCCCGCCAGGGCACUCUGACUGCCUAAAGGUGUGGAGCAGGAACUACUAUAAUAUUAUUAACAGAUAUGAAUCGACAAUCACGGCGCAGUUCUUCGGACACACGCACUUUGACGAAUUUGAGCUUUUUUAUGAUAGCACUGACGCUUCGAGAGUCACCUCGAUUGCCUACAUUGGACCAUCGGUGACGCCUUACUAUGACCUAAACCCAGGAUAUCGAAUUUAUUAUGUGGACGCAGACCACGCUCACACUACAAGAAUGGUACUAGACCACGAAAACUGGGUGAUGAGUCUGAAGGAUGCAAAUUUAUACGACUAUCCAAUCUGGUACAAAUUGUAUUCGGCCAAAGCGGCCUACAAGAUGAAUUCAUUAGCGCCACAAGAGUGGGACACCCUACUAGAUAAGUUCGCCUCAGAACAAGAAGUGUUUGACAUCUAUUACAAGCAUUAUUGGAAAAAUUCGCCGGUGCGGCCGUCUUGUGAUGCCGAGUGUCGGAAGCGCUUGGUGUGCGACGUGCGGUGCGGCCGCUCGCACGACCGGCGCGUUUUGUGCCAGGAGAUCGAGUCCAGGAUUGACAGCCAAAACGGCGCCACAUGGGGUUCUUGGAUUUACAAGGGACUCUCCGUCUCGUACGUUUCUAUUGUCACCUCAUUUGCCUGGAUCGGCAACACCAUUUCAAACGGCAUCUCCACUGCCUGGGGUUGACCGUCCUUUGCCGCAUGGCCAAAAAUGCAUACCCUGCUCAAGAGUUACCCCUCUGCCCCCUCCUGCCUGAAGCCCCUCUGUAACUCUCAUAGGAGCAAUCUGUUGUUGUGCCUUGUGCUUUGAUUUCAUUUUCCAUGACAACUGCAUGUGUUCCAUAAGCUCAAAACUCUCUUUUUGAGGAAAAAUAAAAACUCAAAAACUGCAAAAUCCAGCUGUGCGUAAACUGUGAUUUAGCCAAAAGGUGUUACGUCCGCCCCCCUGCUUGGGCACCGCGUUGGAGCAUGAUCUGUGUGUUAAUUUAUUUAUUUAUUUUUGUACUUAGCUGACGAUUGACGAUACUUGACAUUAAACUUGAAUACUUGUUUUGACAAA